GACGUCACAUUUCCACGCUCGGUGGGUCUCAGAUAAUGUAACGAAUUACUGUAAAUUUAAAAGGAAAGAAAAUUCCGUAAUUUUACCGAUUUCAAACUAAUAGUUGAUAUGAGCCUAAGUCUUUUAAGAGGACAUGCGUUAAUUAGGAGGAAUUUCAUUCAAUUAUCUAUGAAUUUGAUUUGGCACAGGUGAUUCUUCACUGAAGCGAAUUUGAUGUUUAAUGUGCAUCUAUUUAUGGAAAGGACAUUUUUUAAGCUCUCCGUAUGUCAACCAAGUGACUUUGCAUUGUUUUUGUAGGAUGCUUAUACUUUCAAAAAAAUGGUACUUCGAUAGAUGCACUUCAUUAAAUCAAUUGGAAAACUAAGCUGUGUACGACUAAAAUGGAGGAAGAAGAAUUCUUCAGGCUUUUGACUCCUCAGUCACUUGUGCAAAUAGAUGAACGGAUAGCAGAGGAAAAAGCGUUCAAAAAAGCAGAGAAACAAGCCCACGAGGAGGGCGAGGAGGAGGAAUUAGCUGCCCAUGAAGAAGAGGAACCAAAACCCAACCCAAAAUUUGAGGCGGGAAAAAAGCUCCCCCUAUCGCUCAAGGAUCUGUUUCCGGUGGAAUAUACAAGCAAACCUCUGGAAGACUUCGAUGAAUUUUACGAUACGCAAAAAACAUUUGUGGUGGUCGGAAAGGACAUGACCAUUUACAGGUUCAGCGCUACCAACGCCGUCUAUCUGCUUAGUCCCUUUAACCCACUCAGAAGGGGCGCCCUCUAUGUCCUAGUUCAUCCAUUAUUCAGCGCGUUAAUCAUUAUCACCAUCAUUAUCAACUGUGCUUUCAUGGCCAUGACAGAGGUGCCAGCGGGGUGGAUCGAAUAUGUAUUCACGGGUGUGUACACUUUGGAGGCUAUGAUCAAAAUUACUGCUCGAGGGUUCAUCAUCAACAAUUUCACUUACCUAAGAGACCCUUGGAAUUGGCUAGAUUUCGCUGUCAUAUCCUUGGCGUACUUUGAAACUUGCAUAAUUCAACCGCUUAAUUUAACGGAGGACGGCCUCGGAAAUUUAGCCGCUCUUCGGACCUUUCGAGUUCUCCGAGCACUUAAAACUGUAGCUGUUAUUCCAGGCUUGAAAACCAUUGUUGGUGCCUUACUGGAAGCGGUGCGGCGACUCCGUGACGUCAUGAUUCUGACAGUCUUCAUGCUCUCAAUUUUUGCCUUAGUUGGUAUGCAAUUAUACAUGGGUACCCUCAGACAGAAAUGUGUCACAUUUGCAAACUUCACGUACGACAAUUCUACUGAAGGGAACGAUACUCUCAAAUCGUUCGACGAAGCUUGGUACGAGUGGGCAAUGGACACAGAAAACUGGAAAAAGAUAGAAGGCACUGGUGAAUUUCUUAUCUGUGGAAAUGCUUCCGGAGCAGGGGAAUGUCCGAGUGAAUAUAUAUGCAUUAAUGACACUCACACAAACCCAGACUUCAACUUCACCCAUUUUGACAACUUCGGAACUGCUCUUCUUUGUACAUUCCGUUUAAUGACACAAGACUUUUGGGAAAAUCUUUAUCAAAUAACUCUCCGAGCAGAAGGUCCCUACCAUAGCGCCUACUUUGUCAUCGUGAUACUGCUGGGCUCGUUCUAUCUCGUCAAUCUGAUCUUGGCUAUCGUCGCCAUGUCGUACGAUGAGACUCAGAAACAGGACCAGGCCGAUGCCGACGAAGAGGCGGAGGAACGAAAGAAAGCAAAACGAAUCCAUGCGAUUCAACAAACAAUGCAUGACGAACUACGGGAAGAUUAUCAUGAAUAUCUGGAGGAAAAAAUGUCUCAAGCAAAGAGCCAAUCAGACACGUCGUUAAGUGACCAUGAAAAUGCAGACAAAAUCAGUCUCCGGUCCAAUAAACCGGACGAAAACGGACAAUUUCUGAGUGUCAUGAAGAAGCAACCUAGUUUGAGUUUGCCCGGCACACCGUUUGUACGGAGAAACACAAAGAAGAAAUAUAAGCCUAAUCACGCUGACCAUCAACCUUUAAUGCUGGACAAUCUACCCUUUAUUGACGAUCCAAAUGCCGUUACCCCAUGUUCGGAUGAUUUAACUAUGAAUCUGACUUAUAAGCAAUUCAUUGCGUCACGAAGAGGUAGCUAUGCGUCAUUAUUAAAACGCACUGGUUCCUCGAGACGCAGUAGUUUCGCGUCACGUGACAGCAGGCGAUCCCUACCGAAGUCUCCCCGCUCUCCUUUAGAAAAGCCCGGGAAAUUAGAUACUCCGUGGGACUGGAAAAAACCAAAGGACAGCUCCCUGCUCCACCCCCAUGACGCAGGGGACAGGGGUAAACUUGUUGAGAAUGGGUCAAUAAAUGGGUCACGAAUGGAUAUUGAGAAAAAAUCGCAUGACGGUGAAAUAUGCCACCCUCAUGGGGGGAAGCACGUAGACCCGAGAGACAUGAUGGUGCUGAAGAGUCUUUUAGCGCAUGCGGAAGGCCACCGGAACAGCAGGCAUAGUGUAAUGAGCGACUACCUUCCUUUCGAGGAAGAAGAGGAGCCACUGAAGGACAGAUUGUACAAACGCUUCUGUAGCUGGACCUGCUGCCCUUGUUACUUAAAAUUCCAGGAGAUAGUCGGUCUCAUCGUGUUGGAUGCUUUUGUAGACCUCUUCAUCACCAUUUGUAUCCUAGCAAACACUGCCUUCAUGGCGGCUGAUCAGCAUCCGAAAUCUCCGGAACUCACGGAAAUCCUACAAAAUGGAAACUAUGUCUUCACAGCGAUAUUUGCCUCCGAGGCUUUUCUCAAACUGAUUGCCCUUAGUCCCAUGCACUACUUCAGAGAUGGCUGGAACUGCUUUGAUUUCUUGAUCGUGUUUCUCAGCUUUUUAGAAAUGGCGUUAGAUGGCGUUUCCGGUUUAUCGGUUCUCAGGAGCUUCCGUUUGUUACGAGUGUUCAAGCUGGCGCGGUCAUGGCAGACUUUAAACAUGUUGAUCCGUAUCGUGGCUGGCACGAUGGGAGCGCUGGGCAACCUGAUCUUUGUUCUUGCCAUUGUGGUGUUUAUAUUCGCUGUGAUGGGACAGCAGUUAUUCCGAGACGGAUAUAUAGCUGAAUAUGGGGACGACAUGCCGAGGUGGAGUUUCACUGACUUUCUCCACUCGUUUAUGAUUAUCUUCCGUGUGUUGUGUGGGGAGUGGAUCCAGUCCAUGUGGGGCUGCACGAACGCCAAUGGGCCGAUCUGUGUCCCGUUCUUUCUGUUGACUUACGUCAUAGGCAACCUGGUUGUACUUAAUUUGUUUCUUGCCUUGCUGUUGAACUCGUUUGGAGCUGAGAGUCUUAGUGGAGGAGAAAGCGAAGAAGACAAGGAACCCAACAAACUCUCGGAGGCCAUCGAUAGAUUUAAACGAUUUGGAAGAUGGGUCAAAGUCAAAGUGAUAGUGUGUUUGAAAGUGAAAAUGAAAGCUAAACCCAAAGCGAACGAGAGAGAACCAAGCCCGCGUGUGAAUGGGAAGGAGACGAUUCCAGACGGGGAGGCGACAUUCAGCAACGGUACACUGAUUGAAAUGCAGACUAAAUUUGACGAUGACGAAAUCUCUGUUCAAGGAGAUGUAGAUCUAGUGGAUAACCACUCACCCGACAAAUCAACAACAAUUGUUGUGGAAGACGAAAAGAAAGCGGAAGAUAUCACACGCCCAAACAGUCGUGCGAGUCCAAGGGAAUCCCUGAGUUCCAACAGUCACCAUUCAAUGUCAGACGAUGACACCAAGUUGAGCUUAACCAAAGUCGACGCAGACGGCGAACCGGAAAUAAACGAGGUCAAGGUCACUUAUGCAAACUACCCGGAUGACUGUUUUUGUAAAAUCUGCCGACGGAAGUGCCCGUGCUGCAUACGGUUUGAGAACACGAAAUGGGGGAAGAAGGCUUGGAAGAUACGAUGUUUAGCUUAUGCCCUGGUCGAACACAAAUAUUUUGAGACUUUCAUUAUUACAAUGAUUCUUGCCAGUAGUAUCGCUCUUGCAAUCGAAGAUGUAUACUUGGAAGAGAGGCCAACGCUGGAACAGAUUCUUCAAAUAACGGACAAGUUCUUUACCACUGUAUUCAUUAUAGAAAUGUUCAUAAAAUGGACUGCGUUUGGAUUCAAGAAAUAUUUUACAGAUGCGUGGUGUUGGCUUGACUUUGUUAUCGUUGGGAUUUCAAUCGUAAUGCUGGUCUUCGAACUGCUUGGUAUGGAAAAAGUCGGUGCAAUAAAAGCCAUGAGGACGCUGAGAGCCUUACGACCCCUAAGAGCUGUGUCCCGGUGGGAGGGAAUGAGGGUCGUCGUCAAUGCUUUGAUCAAAGCCAUUCCUUCCAUUGCCAAUGUCAUGAUGGUGUGCCUCAUUUUCUGGUUGAUAUUUGGAAUCGUCGGGGUACAGUUCUUCGCCGGCAAGUUUUACAAAUGCGUGGAUGAAGACGGAAACAAAUUGUCUGUAAACAUCACUAAAAACAAAUUUGAAUGUCUAGAAAAAAAUUAUACAUGGAUAAACUCCAAAAUCAACUUUGAUGACGUACUGAUGUCGUACCUGGCAUUGUUCCAAGUAGCGACAUACAAAGGAUGGAUCGAAGUAAUGAAUGACGCAAUAGACAGCAAAGAAAUUGACGAGCAGCCCGAGCGAGAAGUCAAUGUUUACAUGUACCUGUACUUCGUCUUCUUUAUCAUAUUCGGUUCAUUCUUUACCCUGAAUCUGUUCAUCGGUGUCAUCAUUGAAAACUUCAAUCAGCAGAAAAAAAAGGCUGGUGGAUCUUUGGAGAUGUUUAUGACAGAUGACCAGAAAAAGUAUUACAUGGCCAUGAAGCGGAUGUCGUCUAAGUCUCCGCAGAAAUCUAUCCCCCGACCAAGCAAUAUAAUCAUGGGAUGGAUUUUUGAUGCUGUGACCAACCAGAAAUUUGACAUCGGGAUCAUGAUAAUAAUCAUGCUGAACAUGCUGACCAUGGCGCUUGAACACUACAAGCAGUCCCAGAUGUUUACGACCAUCUUGAACCACGUGAAUAUGUCGUUCAUCAUUAUAUUCACGGUCGAGUGUGUUCUCAAACUUAUAGGACUGAGGCAUUUCUACUUCAAGUUCCCAUGGAAUAUAUUUGACUUUGUGGUAGUGGUACUUUCAAUCCUAGGAGAAAUUGUCAGCGUUGCGCUGAGUGACGUCAUGGACCAAUUCCUGGUCUCGCCUACGCUUCUUCGAGUGGUCAGGGUCUUCAGGGUUGGCAGAGUGCUCCGUUUGGUCAAGUCGGCGAAAGGGAUUCGAACUUUGUUAUUUUCUCUUGCCGUGUCGUUGCCUGCUUUAUUUAAUAUCGCUUUACUGCUGUUUCUUGUAAUGUUUAUAUAUGCCACGUUCGGGAUGAGUUUCUUUAUGCAUGUAAAACACCAAUAUGGCAUAGAUGACUGUUUUAACUUUGAAACAUUCUUCCGAAGUAUGAUAUAUUUGUUCCAAAUGUGUACAUCGGCAGGCUGGGAUGGCGCCCUGGCCGGAAUUACGAACGAGGAGGAUUGUAUUAAGGAAACUGUCCGAUUUGACAAUGGCACAACUAUAUACAGUGACUGUGGUAAUUACAAGGCGGGUGUUAUGUUCUUGACUUCCUACUUAGUUAUAAGCUUCCUUGUGGUAGUGAAUAUGUACAUAGCCGUCAUUUUAGAGAACUUCAGUCAGGCAACAGAAGAUGUUCAGCAAGGUUUAACUUCUGACGAGUUUGACCUGUUCUAUGAGAAAUGGGAAAAAUUCGACCCAGAGGCUACGAAAUUUAUUCAACUUAGUCAGUUGUCUGACUUUGUGGAUUACCUAGAAGAACCGUUGAGACUUCCAAAACCUAAUCACUUUAUGCUUGUGAAAUUGGAUAUUCCGAUUUGCGAAGAUGACAAAGUGUAUUGCAGGGAUAUUCUAGAUGCCCUAACGAAGAACUUCCUGGGGACCUCGGACACGCCGGGGGAGAUUGACGUCAACGAGGUUGACAAAGAUAAGGAGAAAAUCGAAUAUCACGUGACAAGUUCUACCCUUAUGCGACAGAAAGAGCACUACGCCGCAAGGGUUAUCCAGAAAGCCUGGAGAAGAUACAGAAACGAGAAGGGAAAUUUACCCUCGCCACCCCCAUACGAUAUGGUUAUUAGUAAGGAAAGUGAUAUGGUUACAAGCAAAGAGAGUGACAUGGCAACCAGCAAGGAUAGCAAAGACACGGCAACAACCAUUCACGAAGAUACCGCAAGCACAAAAAGUGUAAAGAGUGACACAUCCACCAAGCAGACGGCCGGAAGUUCUAUCGACGUGCACAUUGAGAUUCCGGAAUCAGAAAUCACCGAAGAAACGGCAAUGUUGUCACCGGAAAAUAGAACGGUUGAACUACGCGCAGAUAGUGACGUAGUGGCUUGAGGUGAUACAGAGAAAUUAACUUCGGCAGGAAACUCGAAAUGUCCUGGGCCCGGUGACAGAAGGGACUCGGACUUAAGAACUUUAAAGAUACUCAAAGUGUACUGCAUGUCUUUCUAUUUAUUAGUUUCAGGAUGCAAUUAUUUACCUUCUGCAUUGCGCAUGCUACGAAAUGCAGAGUUUGUGACUAUUUCAUUGGUUAAAUGAUACCAAGGCCAGUUCACCCACUGUUAUCAACCCAACCCUUUGGUAAAUUACAUUUACUACGUUACAUUUCAUCGAAAAAAAUAUAUACAUGUGUUUUCAGCUACCGUGGAUUCAAAAUACGCGAUGUUAAAAGUUUAAAGGCAUAAGAUCGUGCUUUAUGGAAAAUGAGUAGUCAUAUUGUUCAAAGAAAUGAUCUAAUUAAAGACUGUAUUUCUGAUAAUGAUAUUAGAUUGGAAAAAAUUAAAAGUGAACAUCAAUUGCAAACAUCUUUCACAGAAUACUGUGUCUGAUUUACUAGUUUUGUGCCUAACGUAUAUUAACCGACUUAUUUCACACACUGCAUGAGUGAGAGAAAGAGAGAAAACCAACAUGACAUUUUCUUCCAAAAUCUUGCAGUUGUAAACUUUCUGUAGUUGUAUUUAUGAUAAAGAGCAUAUUAAACAUCGUUAAAAUGCUUUAAUUCUAAUAACUUAACAAACACUGCCGCCAUUAUCAAUGAAAGCAAAUUACAUGUGCAGAAGCCCAAAUUGAAAUUCUUUCUCUUGGAAUUCUGCCUGACUUUGUAGUUGGUUUUGAAUAUGAAUGGUAUCAUUUAUAUGUCCUCUCGCGCGUGAUGUUACACUUUUUGAUAUUAACUGUUGCUCAACACUAUUUUGUAACCAAGCUUGUUAUAUAAUUUCAUGUACGUACAUCUGGUUUAGGGUACAUCAUAUAUUCCAAAAUACACCCGAUUCCUUAUACAGUAUUGUUGUAUUUUUCGUUUGAAAUUGCAAUUAUGUUUUUAUAAUUGUUUUGGAUUUAGUGGUAUGUAUUUUGGGGAAAAGCGUAAAGUUACAUAUGAUUGCUGAUUACUGAAUAAAUUUGUUUUUGUAUCCUCCGACUAGUGACCCUCUAUAUUACAUUUUAGAAUUUUUUUUAGCAACAUUGCAUCAUUGAUGAGUCUUGUCAAAAACGAAAGUAAAAGAAAAAGUAAAUGAAACGAAAUUUUAGUUUGGAAGAGCUCAGUAAUUAUGAAUCUUGAAUUAAUCUCUGAAAUGUAAAUAUUGUAUAAAACUUGAAAACUGUAAAAACUUAAAGAGGGUUAUUAAGAAUACAAUCAUGUGAUUUUCUACGGAAAAUAAAACCGACCAAUACGGGUACAUGUUACAAACAUAUACAUUACCAUCCAUCUAUUAAUAAGACCUGGAAUAAUGAUGUCAUGGUGACAACUAAUCAUCGUUUAUGCAAAUGUAAAUUGUUUUCAAAACAUAAUGUAAAAUGUUUUCAAUGCAGAUCUCUACAGCUGAGGUCAAAGGUCAAAUUUCGUUAUGGCUCGUGAUGCUUGGUUAAUAGUUGUAUAGAGACUGUUUUCUUUGACAAUAUCUCAAUUGUUUGUUUGAUUCCAUGGAUGUGAUAUUUUAUACAUAAACUUGGCUUUUAUUGUUGCACCAGACUUUGCCAAAUGAUGUUGAACUCUAUGUAGUGUCUGCUUUUUUACGGAAUUGUACCCAUUUUAUGCAGUUGCUAUCUUUAUUGUGUGUUGUAUGUAAGAGUAUGUCCUUGACAUAAUGUCAUUUAUUCACUUCAAUGGAAAAUUAUUGAAAAUCGAUAUUGAACUUUUAACCAGUUUCGAUAUAAUGCUUUGUGUUUUAUGAACAAGAGGUAAAAAAGCAGAUUUAGAUUAAAAAAAAUAUUUAGAAAAACAUUCUACAAUGAAAUUAGAUAUAUUGUGAAUGCAAUGUUGAAAAUACAUCUAGAGAAUAUUUUUAAAUGUUUAGAAUUACAAAUAUAUGUCUAAAAACACCAUUCGAUUGAAUCCUUUUGAUGACAAUAUAAUAUUUGACAUAACGAGUGCUUGGGAACGGAUAUAACUGUGAACAUUUUCAGUCUAUAAAUAUGCACAAUACUGAGUUCUAUACAAGGAAGAGUCGUGUAUGAUCAUUAUAACAUCGGCUUUUUUAUUUGCAAAUUUCUGUAAAUAAAUUUAUUACACAGU